AUGCCUUUGCUGUUUCAACAGUUCAAGACUUUAGCAAAGCCAGUCGCUUAUGUAUCGAGGUUUUCUGCCAAACACCCUAUUCAUGUAAUUUUGGUAACGGUGUUCCUCUCUGCGUUCGCAUACUUAUCAGUGGUGGAGCAUUACUUCAAUGGCUGGCAGUUGGACUCUAAGAGUAUCUUUGCAAGCCAUAGCAACGUGGCUCAAUUACAGGAUGAGUGUGUGCACUACUAUCACGCCCCUUCGUCCAACGGCUGGUCACUUCUUUCUAACGACGAAAUCAGCUCUGUUCCAGCUGCUCAGCACUAUUACUUGACGCGUCUGGAGUUUGAGUCGCCAAGUGAGUCAGCUCAGCUGCCUCAAUUGGCUGACGUCGUGGGCGAGAAAAACGACACAAAAUACCUGUUACAAGAAGAACUCAGCUUGCCCUCUCUCACCCAUGCUGCGGACGGCACACAAUGGAGUUUGAGACCCCACAAGUUUAGACUCUACGACAUCAAAAACUCGUUAAUGUCGUUCUACGAAAACUUUAGCGGCAGACUCAAAGACGCGGAGCUUUUCGAUAUUUUCAUUAUUGGAACCGCGUAUUUAGCCAUGUUAUACACCGUUGCUGGGCUUUUCCUAGAAAUGAGAAAGAGAACGGGCUCUAAAUUCUGGAUUGCGUUGUCUGCAAUUGCCACCUCAACGACUGCAUUCUUUAUGGCGCUUUACACGAGUCAAGUGGUUCUGAAACAACCAGUAACCGCCCUGAGCUUGAUCGAAGGUAUUCCAUUUGUGGUCGUUAUUGUUGGCUUCAAUCACAAAAUCAAACUUGCUGCUUACAUUAUUCAACAUUUCAAGAAGUUUGGCCUAUCUCAAAAAUGCUCCGCUGACAAGAUCGUCUUCCAAGCAAUGUGCGAAGAGGGUGGCCGUCUAGUGCAAGAUCACAUCUUGUGUAUGAUUGCUUUCAUCGGUUGCUCUCUUUAUGCAUCUCAUCUCGAGGCCCUAACCAAUUUUUGUGUUUUAGCCGCCUUAGUCCUGGUCUUCGAUUUGCUAUUGACUUGCACGUACUAUGCCGCUGUCUUGGCUCUAAAACUCGAAAUUAACAUUAUCCACAGAUCUACAAUUAUUAAGGAAACCUUGGAAGAAGACGGCGUGGUCAGAAGCACCGCGGACAUCGUCUCUACCGCUGAAACUGGGACAAAAGCUCCUACUUUUGCCUCCAGCACCAGUAUUGUUCUAUUGAAAUUAUUCAUUGUUUUAGGCUUCAUCGGCUUCAAUUUCUACAGCUUCGGUGCCAGAUGGACCUACCAAACAUUCUCUGCAUUAUACUCUAAGCAAUCUGUUUCCCCCCUACCCGAAUUCAUCUCUUCUGUGGUUGCUAAAAACUAUACCAAUGGUGUCAUUAUUUCUAUGGCACCUACUCAAUACUAUCAACCAAUGAAAGUUUACUUUCAAGUAGAGGACGUUGUUUUGUCAGUUUUGCGCUACGUCAGUGUCUCCAUUCGUGAUAGAUUCAUCAGUAAGCUGGUCUUUUUUGCUUUAGCCAUCAGUGCAUCAAUCAAUAUUUAUUUGCUAAACGCCGCCAGAAUCCACACUCAUUUCACUGCUAAGCAAUUGCAAAAAGAGAAAGCAAAGAAACACGCCUCUUCCAAUCCUACACCUAAUGGUGUAACUGUUACAACUUCCAACCUUACUUCUCCACCAUCAGCGACUUCAUCGAUUGAAACGAAAACAGCUAUUGGUUCGAGUUCCUCAAGUUCAAGUUCUGACGAAGAGACCGAGAGUGAAGAUGAAUCUCAACCUAUUCGUCCAUUGGAAGAACUUGUCGAGGUAAUGAAGGCUGGUCAAGUCCGCAGUUUGAAAAACAGGGAAGUCGUGUCACUUGUCGCAAGCAGCAAAUUGCCACUAUAUGCUCUGGAAAAGCAAUUGGGAGACAAUAUGCGUGCUGUUGUCGUUCGUCGUAAGGCCUUAGCUAAAUUGGCCGAUGCCCCUGUUCUAGCUACAGAUCGCCUGCCUUAUAAGCACUAUGAUUAUGACCGUGUCUUCGGUGCCUGCUGUGAAAACGUUAUUGGUUACAUGCCUCUUCCCGUUGGUGUUAUUGGACCACUUGUGAUCGAUGGUAUUCCAUACCAUAUUCCUAUGGCUACAACCGAGGGUUGUUUAGUCGCCUCUGCAAUGCGUGGGUGUAAAGCCAUCAACGCUGGUGGAGGUGUCACCACUGUUUUGACUAAAGACGGAAUGACAAGAGGACCUUGUGUUAGAUUUCCAUCAUUAUCUAGAGCUGGUGCCUGUAAAAUUUGGUUAGACUCCGAAGAGGGUCAAAACAGAGUCAAGAAAGCAUUCAACUCUACUUCUCGUUUCGCGCGUUUGCAACAUAUUCAAACGGCAAUGGCAGGUGAUUUAUUAUUUAUUCGUUUUAGAACCACAACAGGUGACGCUAUGGGUAUGAACAUGAUUUCCAAAGGUGUUGAAUUUUCAUUGAAACAAAUGGUCGAAGAGUUUGGAUGGGAAGACAUGGAGAUCGUGUCCGUUUCUGGUAACUACUGUACUGACAAGAAACCUGCUGCAAUUAACUGGAUCGAAGGUCGUGGUAAGAGUGUAGUUGCCGAAGCUAUCAUACCUGGUGAUGUUGUUCGUAAAGUCCUCAAAAGUGACGUUGAUGCAUUGGUUGAACUUAACAUAUCUAAGAAUUUGAUUGGAUCAGCAAUGGCAGGUUCCGUUGGAGGUUUCAACGCUCAUGCCGCAAACUUGGUUACUGCCGUGUACUUGGCUCUCGGACAGGAUCCAGCUCAAAAUGUCGAAAGCUCUAACUGUAUGACUUUGAUGAACAAUGUUAACGGUGACUUGAAGAUUUCGGUAUCCAUGCCUUCGAUAGAGGUUGGUACCAUUGGUGGUGGUACUAUCUUGGAACCUCAAUCCGCAAUGCUUGACUUAUUGGGUGUGCGUGGUCCACACCCUACUUCCCCUGGUACUAAUGCUCGCCAAUUAGCUAAGAUUGUUGCAUGUGCUGUCUUAGCAGGUGAGCUCUCGCUAUGUUCUGCAUUGGCAGCUGGUCAUUUGGUUCAGAGUCACAUGAUCCACAACCGUGCUAAAACUGCUCCUCAACCAAAUUCCUCAGCUCCUCAAACUGACCUCAAUCGUCUUAAGGAAGGCUCAGUUACAUGUAUCAAAUCCUGA